AUGUCGGAUGCCGUGACUCUGAGGCAAACCCGACGAUGGCUACUGGAGGAUUGUGCCUGUCUUGAGUUAUUCAACACCUGUAUUGUGUUUAGCCCCAAUGACUCGCAAGAAGCCUUCCAGUUUAAGUCACUGCGAAAGAUCGAAAAGCUCAGUGAUAUUAUACUCCUUGUCGACCCCCUCUCACCUGCGCUAAAGCUUUCGCUUCGAUAUGCCUCUUCUGCUCUCAACAGCGCUCACGCUGAUAAUAUUACUACUACACUGGAGCACAUAACACAUUGCCUGACACACAGUCCAGGUCGACCACUCGCCGACUCAUGUCUGCUAAGCAAGCACAACCAGAAUCAAAUAGCCAGAUGGAAUGGCGGUGCGCCAGCUGGUCCAUUGGACAGUUGCAUUCACACCCUUUUUCGCCUACAAUGCAUGUUGCAACCAGACGCGCAGGCAAUUUGCGCUUGGGAUGGAACUCUAACAUACCGCGAACUUGAUAGGUUGUCUUCAACUGUACAAUGGCUACUACAGCCUUACAACCUUACUACUGAUUCGGUCGUUCCGAUUCUCUUCAAGAAGUCCAAAUGGGCUGUCGUUGCCAUGCUCGGGGUACUCAAAGCAGGCGCUGCUUUUUCCAUGUUGGACCAAUCCUAUCCGACCAAACGGCUGGUGGAUAUAUGUGAAAAUAGUGAUGCAAAGGUGAUAAUUUGUUCACAAGAGCUGUCAAUAGGCGUUUCGGGUAGCACACUUUUAAUCGGUGAUCAUAAUCUCGAAAAGGCGGCACAUCCUGCGAUACAACCAGUUAAGACAGCUUCACAUGAUGCAGCAUACGUGGUGUAUACAUCAGGGUCUACAGGUGCGCCGAAAGGCAUCAUCAUAGAGCAUGGUUCAUUCUGUACCAACGCUAUUGCGAGUAGUCAGGCGCAGAAUCUUGAUCAAUCAUCUCGAGUUUUGCUGUUCGCGUCAUAUGCGUUUGAUGUCAGUAUCCACGAAUCAUUGACACCAUUACUGCUAGGUGGAUGUGUUUGUAUUCCGUCCGAAUCCCAACGUGUCAAUAGCUUGAAGGAGGCCGUCAGAAGCCUAAGGGUUAACUGGGUGGAGCUAACGCCAUCGGUGGCUAGACUCUGGCAGCCGGACGAUAUUCCAACGGUCAAAACUCUUGUGAUGGGAGGAGAGCCUAUGCUACCUAAUGAUAUCUCUCUAUGGAAGGACAAGCUUCUACUCGUGUGCGCGUAUGGACCAGCAGAGUGCACUAUCGUGUCCACUGUGCAGUCAUGCGUUCAAGACCCGGGGAACAUUGGGCUCUCGCCAUGUGGCACCUGCUGGAUUACAUCAAAAGACAACCACCACCAACUCCUGCCAGUUGGUUGUGUUGGAGAGCUAAUUAUAGGCGGCCCAAUCGUCGGACGAGGGUACUUGAAACAGCCAUGUCUGACAGCAAAUGCUUUCAUCACAAACCCAGAGUGGGCGUCAUUGUUCCACCUUAAUGACAGCUGCCGGUUCUACAAGACCGGUGACCUAGUCAGAUAUAAUUCCAAUGGAACAAUCGCGUAUAUUGGACGGAAGGAUACCCAAAUCAAGUUGAACGGACAGAGGGUGGAGCUCGGCGAAGUUGAACAUCAGGCACUGCACUACUUCCGUAAUGUUGUGAUUACCGCUGAGGUCGCUGCUCCUGCAGGACGUAAACCUAUCUUGAUUCUCUUUAUUGCUCCAAAACUAGAAUGCUCCGCUCAUAUUGAUUGCGCAAUGCUCCUACGCCCGCCAAGUGUUGUGUUUCAGGAAAAGGCCCGGGAAACAAAUACUCUCUUACGAGAUGUGCUUCCAAGGCAUAUGAUACCUGCAGCGUACAUCGAGUUAUCAGCUAUCCCCAUCUCACGGACAGGGAAGGUCGAUCGGAAGGUUCUACGGGAAGCCAUUGAACGUAUCUCGGAGAACGAUUUCAGAGCUUACUAUCCAAUAAUGCACAAUGAUACGAUUCACUCACCGAGUACUCCCAUCCUAGAUCAACUGCGACGCCUCUUUUCUGCCGUACUUGGCAUUCCCGAGGAGAAGAUUAGGCCCAGUGACAGUUUCUUCCAGCUGGGCGGCGACUCAGUCAGUGCUAUCAGACUUGUCGGAAGCGCCCGAGACCAGGGCCUGCAGAUGACGGUGGAAUCAGUGUUUAAACAACAGACUAUUUCUAAAUUACAGGACUGCACUCGUCAGACAUCCAGCGGCAUCGAAUUACCUAUCCCAGCCUUUUCAUUGCUUGAUCCACGGAGCAAACCCACGUAUAUCGUUCAAGCAGCUGAGCAAUGCUCCGUUUUCCCAGAACAGAUUGAGGAUAUCUACCCGUGCACACCUUUGCAGGAAGCUUUAAUGGCGUACACCUCAAAACGACCGGGGGCGUUCCAGGCCCAAUUUCACUUUCAACUCCCGCAGCAACUGGAUAUACCUCGUCUGAAGGAAGCAUGGAGAAUAGUGAUUGCUGCAAAUCCAAUUUUGCGAACUCGCAUUGUUCAUUCUCAUAAUGGGGCUCUUCAAGUCGUCCUUCGCCAGGGAGAACCAUCACGGUGGGAUUUAGUCCACGGCGUAAAUAAAUCACCAGGGCGUUUGAUGUCUUAUGGUGUACCACUCGUUACUCUAGCAAUCACUGAUAACGUGGGAGGGAAGUCCCCGACGUUUUGUCUGACGAUGCACCAUGCUAUAUUCGAUGGAUGGUCGUACGCUCUGAUUCUUGGGGCCGUUGAAGAUGCGUAUAAACAUCUGAAUGCAGUCCAGCGACCUUUCGCCCCGUUCAUUGAGCACAUAUUGAAUUGCGAUUACGAAAGUGCUCAGCAUUUUUGGGUCUCUGAAUUUAAAGAUAUGCAAGCAGUGCCAUUCCCUGUUCCGCCCUUCAGCUUCGGGCACAUGGCCAACUCUAUCAUCACGAUGCAUCGCCAGAUCCACGUAUCCGAGUGGCUAGGUGGCAGUUGCACGCCAUCAACAAUUAUUCAACUUGCGUUCGCCCUGCUUAUUGCCUGGCGCACUGGGUCCAUGGAUGUCUUGUUCGGCCUGACUGUUACCGGGCGCAAUGCUCCAGUAGCCGGAGUACAUAGAACUACCGGUCCGACUAUUGCUACAUUCCCUCUUCGGACAAUGCUUUCUGGAACGUUGAAUAUAGCUGAUGCCCUUGCGCUCAUGCAAAAUCACAUAGCAAUGCUCAUCCCUUUCGAGCAGACAGGGCUACGGCGCAUAAAGUCAUAUGGUACCGAGACGGCGAGAGCCUGCCAAUUCCAAAGUCUGUUGAUCAUACAGCCUGCCACAUAUCGGCGAUCAUCCGAAAUCUUCGUGGAAUUUGAGAGCAAUGAGCAUGAGCAGUCGAAGUUUAGCACUUGUCCGUUAACUCUAGUGUGUGAACUUGGGACUCACACGCUGUCGGUAAAGGCCAUGUUUGACAAUGCUGUUGUCAUUGCUAAAGAUAUGGAGAGAUUGUUGGAUCAAUUCGAGUAUCUUAUUGACAUGACAAUCAAAUCUCCAACCUUGGAAAUCCGGAGCAUCAUUACAUCUCCCUCAGACCCAUAUUCUUAUCCACUUCGGCAAAGCCAGUCAUGGAGUUCAUAUAUCGAGAAGAAGGCUUAUGAUUUUCUCGGUGGCGAUGUAACUGUUAUUGUUGACGCUAUAGCACCGAACGGAGGUUCCAAACGGAGUACCGCUAUUUUCCUUUGCGAAACGAAGCGAAUGCGUGAGCCGACAAAAAUAUCACGUUUAUUUAUACGACCUACUGAAAAGGUCAGAUGGCAAUUUCAGCGGUUGAUUUGGAGUCUAGGACGAUUUCUCCCUUGUUCCAUGGUUCCAUCGCUAUGCCUUCCGGUCAGUUUUAUACCAUUUAAUCCACUCGGCCAACCAGAUCGACUUUAUUUAUGCGAAGCAGCCUCAUCGAUGACUCUUGACUUCUUAAACUCUUUGAUGGAUCCUGUCAAGUGCAUCGACCAUCAUAUACUGCCGGAAGAGGUACGUCUUCGGGGGAUUGUUGCCCAGGCCCUGGGCAUGGAUCCGCAGAAUAUAAGUCCCAAGGAUGACUUUUUCACUCUCGGUGGGGAUUCCAUAUCUGCCAUGCAGGUCGUGUCCCUCUGUCGAAAACACCAGCUAUCGUUGACAGCACUAGAUAUAUUUGAUGGGAGAACUAUCGAACAGAUAGCGUCAAGUUUGCGGCCUCUCACUUCGUAUACGCCUCCAUCGACGCCUGGCAGUGACCGCAGUUUAGACACGCGGUUUUCCCUUCUUUCUCUGACUUCCGAUCGCGGUCUGGAAAGACUUGAAUCCGUACUUAUGGCGACAUAUGAUAUUAAAAGCAUGGACUCCAUUGAGGAUGUAUAUCCCUGCAGUGAAUCUCAUCAGGGACUGCUGCAAACGCAAACCUUGCGUCCAUUUCAUUACCAGUCCUACACUAUAUGGGAAGUUACCACUAGCAGCAAGCUCUCUCCGGUAUGCCCGGUUAGACUGCGCAACGCCUGGUUUACCCUUGCCCGUCGUCACCCUGCGUUGCGGACACAUCUAAUUGAUAGUCCACUGUGUGACGGUAGCAACUCGAAGGCACAUGUCGUGCAUAAAGAGUAUAUAACAGAUGUCCUCAUACUAUCUUGCGAAGAUAAAGAUGUUAUUGCAGAGUUGCGGAAGCCCUUUCUUCCAAGCGGAACAAACAUAUCUUAUCCACAUGCCUUCAGUAUUUGUCAAACAGUUUCCGGCCGUGUAUUCUGCAAGCUCGAGGGCGGGCAUGCCUUUCUUGAUGCUGCUUCCGUUUUGAUCAUCUUACGCGAGCUAGCACAAGCAUACGAUGGACAGCUAUCCUCUUUCCCUGGGCCAUUAUAUAGCUCAGCAGUGGCCUGGCUGCAGGGUCUACCAAAUCGCCAUAAUCGCAUCGACUACUGGAGAAGGCAGUUAGAAGGUGCUAGUCCUUGUAUUUUUCCAAGGCUCAGAUGUCAAGACUCACCUAGCAAGACCCUGGUCGUUACAAAGCAACUCGCUAGCACCGCCACAUUGAUUCAUUUCUGCACUACGCAUGGACUCACUGUGAGUAAUGUUCUACAAGUAGCCUGGGGCUUAAUAUUGCGGCGGUAUACUGAAUCCAAUGACGUGUGCUUCGGGACCCUCAUAUCUGGAAGAGAUUCCCGAAUUCCUGAUGUCGAUAGUAUAAUAGGGCCCUUCUUCAAUGUUUUAGUUUGUCAGCUUCACUUUGGCAGGGAGGACUCGCUAUUGGAUAUAUUACGGAGGAAUCAAAUAGAAACCGGGAACCGAUUGGUGAACCAGCAUUGCUCGCUCAUUGAGAUACUACGUUUCUCAGGAUACUUCGGCCAGCCGUUGUUCAAUACGUGCAUCUCGGUUGAGCAGCCACUGUCUAUGGACAGCUCCGAUGCGAGUCUUUGUUUCAAGGACUUAGAAACUCUAGAGCCGACAGAGUAUGGCAUUAUCGCUACCAUUACGAUUGGACCAACCGAUGUUGGGCUAGGGCUUACCUACAAAUCUGAUCUACUAACAGGAGACCAAGCAUUGGCUGUGGCUGACCGGUUUAGAAUGUCAAUCACAGAUAUUACGGGCUCUUUGAAUAACCAAGAGACCUGGCAAAGUGUGUAUAUCCGCCUAUAG